AUGUUGCGAGAAAAUGGUGGAGGAAUCCUUGACGCGGUUUGGAGAAUGCUCCGGCUGUGGUUCAUACUGGAAUCGUUCGCGUUUGCCAACGCCUACGUCGUCGUUCCGUCGUACAACAACGCGUACACGUAUCGAUCUGGCUUUCCUCCCCGGACGAACACGGCCUUGUGUGGAGUCCGGGCGGCACUCCAACGACGCUUGUCGUUUCUCCAAAAAGCCAAGACUACCACACCACCAUCGACAUCCGUAUCAACGACAGUACCACCACCGUCUGUAACGGCCACAACGGAUACAACAAUACCCACUACUACUACUACUACUAUUAGUAGUAGUGAGACUCCCAAUCUUACCGCACCCCUAUCCACAUUGCAAGGCCACGCAGUCUCCGGUACGAACGUUGGUGAAUUGCAGGGUCCGGAAACGUCCGGAAACAUCCCGAUAGACGCAACGGUAUCGACUGCCUUUGAAUCCUCGCUUUCCCUAGCAACGCAACCAGUCGACGGUGGCGGCAGCAACAGUGUCCACAAUACCGAAACACCAUCAUUCCCCAACCGUCCCGUGUCCCUGGAAAACAUCGCACCGCCCACUUCCUCCGCAACACUGCCGUCGCUGAUUCUUCAACGUCCCGCAACGCGUGUUCCCAACGUCGACCAGCCCAUGUACCAGGUUGUACCCCGCGACGAAACCAAGCUCACCAAAAUGGAACUCGAAUUCCGGGACAUGCUCCGAUACUUUGCCUCGUACUCAGCUCGAGACUUGCACGCCCUCCGGGAGCCCCGUACCAGGGCUCUCUUUCAGGGCGUUGCUGCCAGUGCCAACGAGCCAGCCGUCUACCGAGCCUUUGAAGUCCUCUAUCAGGAUAUACUGCCACUCCGUCUUGCCGGACGCCUUAUCUUCGGUAAAUUGCAGGGCGUCAUGCAACACGCCACGGAAGCACGGGAAAGGGAAGUCCAAGCCGUCAUCCAAAAGACCAACCUACCCUACGAGGAUGUCGAGCAAGUGUGGUACGUCUUUGUCUCGAUUGCUACACAACUCAAUCACGACGUUUACUUGACCCGCGAACAAUUGUCGCAGUCCGGAUUGGCCGACAUUGCCACUCGAGUACUCGGAUACGCCCACGUGGACGAUUUGCUCCAGAACCUACAAUUAUCCAGCGAUGACGACAAGAAUAACGAACAGGUGCGCUUUGAAACUCUCAUGGUGGGACUUCAACGAUGCGUCGACGACGUGUGUGGCGUCGAACGCUGUGACCCCACCGCCUUGUUGUUGCACAUGACACACCAACUAGAAACUUUGCCACCGGGCGACACUGUCGAAGAGCACAAAUCUGAUGUGCGCAAAGCGGGCUAUGCCCGCAAGUACGACGACAUGGUUGCCGCAUUUUGUUCCUGGCGGGAUCGCGUCCCGCCUGCGUCUCCCGGUCAACCCAAUCGACGCAUGGACGUUAUUCGCGGCUGCUUUGUCGGUGCCGAAAACGAAGCCGUCGUGUCGGCUUUGAAAAUAGUGUACGUGGACUACAGCGCCCUACGUGUGGCGGGGGAUUUGAUUUUUGGUAUCGUCUCGAGCUUUAUGAAUGGUCAAAAGAGUCGCGGUGGUGGUACCGGGCGUCCAUGACGAUGGUCUUUGGAACCACCCGCCCCGACACGAUUGGGCUUGUAUCAACAGAACAUAUAAACGCUACACACGAACUUUGU